UAUCGCCAUGAACGGACGUAGUUAAAUAUGAAGACUGCUCAAGUUUUCGUCGCUUUGUUCAUGCUUCUUUUGUGCACGCGGUCAAUGCAAUCGGAAAAUAUCCUAGGAAUAUUCUCGUACACUUUUAGUACCCCCUACAAAGUGGUUAAACCGUAUUUCGAAGCCCUAGUACACAACGGACAUAAUGUAACUAUUAUCUCAUCGAAAGAACUUCUACCGGACAUCGAGAACGUGCGACACAUUCGCAUUGCAGCUCUUGAUUUGCUCAUAGAACAUGCCUUGUCAUUUGAUUAUUCAGAAUGGACAAACAGCAAAUGGAAAGAAUCCGUAAUGUCCUCCAUAUUUUAUUACAAUGUGUCGCACUGUAUUCUCAGCGACUCAGGAGUGCAAUCGUUGCUACAUGAUAAAUCCGAGCACUUCGACAUGAUCGUUUUGGAGCCAACGUACUCCGAUGCGCUUAUUGGAUUCGCAGAGCAUUUUAAUGCCUCCCUCGUUGGUUUGUCGACAUUUGGCUCUUCUUGGUUAACUGAUUAUUUAGCUGGUAACUCGGCGCCAAGUGUUUAUAGACCCGUGCAGCCAGUGGGAUUUUCUCUUGGUAAUUCGCUGCUGGAUAAGUGGAAUAAUUGGAUUUACAUAGCCGAGGAAUGGAUGAUCGAAAGAUUUGUUGUUUUACCUGGCCAGCUGAAGCUAUUCACGCACUUCUUUCAACUUCCAUCGUCACGUUUAUUAGAGCGGCGCACAUCUUACUCACUGAUGAUGAUUAAUACGCACUUUAGCCUCGGUCGGGUUCGCUCCAAUGUACCCAACGUUAUCGAGGUGGCGGGAAUACAUAUGGCAGAGCCUAGUGAACCACUCGAGCCAGAGUUACUAGACUUUGUGAAUGGAGCGGAGCACGGCGUCAUUUACUUUUCCAUGGGAAUGGAGAUUCUAACCAGAUGGUUGCCCAAGAGUAUAGAACAAAAGUUGCUAGAGACUUUCUCAAAACUGAAGCAGCGAGUCGUGUGGAAGCACGAAGAGCACACGAUGCUCAAUAAGUCGGAUAACAUCUACUUGAGUCCCAUGGCAUCACAGCGUCAACUUUUGGAGCACCCGAAUAUAAAGCUUUUCAUCACACAUGGUGGACUGCUAAGCACCAUCGAGGCAAUAUACUCGGGAGUGCCGAUGUUGGGCUUGCCCAUCUAUUACGAUCAGUUCGACAAUGUGGAAAAAAUGGUGAAGGUAGGCGUAGCUCGGAAACUGAAUAUCAACACUUUCACAGAGGAGCAGAUGAUGAAUAAUGUCAGAGAACUGCUCCAAAAUCCCAUUUAUGCUCUCAAGGCAAAGGAGAUGUCCAAGCGCUUCCGGGAUCAGCCAACAAGUCCCAUUGAGACCGCCAUCUGGUGGACAGCAUACGUACUAAGGCACAAGGGAGCACCCCACAUGCGAAUGACGGAUCAGGACAUGGCAUUUGUACCUUAUUAUAAACUCAACAUACUCUCGAUACUCUUCGGUCGUAUUGCGUUCUCUACAAUCCUCGUCCUCUUCAUCUGCGUGAUUGUUGUGAAGUUUAUCUUGAAAGAGUUUCUAAGAAUCACUGAAGAACCUUCGGUGUUAUACACAUCUAUUUAA